AUGGCAGAAAUGCGAUUUCCUCAACUACAUAGAAUAUUACAGCGAAGCUUUGCUCCUGAUAGAUUCAAUGAGCUAUAUAGAGUUAUGCCAUCUCGAGAAGUAGAUGCAAGACAAUGGGAUACUCAAAUUAAUUUUUGGACAGAGAUACUUACACGUUGGAUUCGCGAUUCAGAGAUUGUUGAAGUUAGAGUAGGCGAAAUUAUACCAUCUUUAGUAUGGGGAGAGGCAUUACCUCCAAUUAUUCCAACAAUUCAACAUUUAAUUUACACGAAACAAUGCAAAUUAGCAGAAGAUUGUAAUCAAACAUCGAUUUUACAAAGAAUUGUGAAGUUCAUAAAGCAAAAAGAAAUCACAAAUGACACAGUAAUAAUUUUUCCACACAAUUUAAAGAAUGUUUGCGAACGAGUGAGUCAUGAAGUUACCAGCAAUGGUGCAGGGAUAUCAGAUUUUGUCUUAAAUGAUACAGAAUUGCAAGGAUAUGCAAUCGAUGUUUCUUUACCAGUUCUCAAAUGGGGACUUAUUGAAAAUGGCUAUGCAAAACGAGUUGGUGAUGUAUAUUUCUUUAUAAACUCUACUUAUAAAGAUAUUUCCAUUGAUUUGGCAACUUCUAUUUCCAAUAGUAAGUCAAUGAUCAAGCAACUUGAAAAAGCUAUCGAAGAAAACGAACACAAGAUCGAUGAACUCAGAGCUCGUGCUAUUAAAUAUGAAAGAAAUGGUCAACAUUCGGCAGCAUUAAAUACAAUGCGAAUUCUUAAACAACGCGAAAACACACAAUCGAGUUACAAUAAUAUGCAGAAUAACUUGACCAUCCACCUCAACAAUAUCGAAAGAGGAGAAAUUAAUAAGUUAUCAUUAAGUUCUCUUGAUCAAUACAACAAAUUGAUCAAGAACCAAAUUAAUACUAUCGAUAUUGAUCAAGCUGACAAACUAAUUACAGAUAGUAUUGAUCUUAACGAUAAUUUGAACGAAAUAACUUCAACUUUAUCAGAAAACUUAGUAACAUUUGACGAUACAGAACUUGAUGAAGAGCUUUCACAGUUAAUGAGAGAGCCAGAACCAGAAAAAAGCUCGAAUUCUUCAUAUCUUACAAAUAAUUCAGAAAAGCAGAUCAAAUACUCUAAUGCUAUCACAUAUGAUGACAACAGUCAAAAGAAAGUCCAAAUUGUCCUCGCUAAAUAA